UCGCCCGACGACAACUUUACUCUCGCUGUGUCUCCAACUUCAAACCGAAGGAUGAGUCUCUGAUCUUCAGCUGAAAUCGACUUCCUCUUCUCGUCAAAGAGCUAUCAGAGCAUCGUUCUUGAAUCCCGAGCAGUAGGGAUAUCAUUUUGGGUGGAGCAUCUCCGGCUCAUUGAAAUUGUGUAGUCAAAAGUAGCCAGGUUUUUCAGAAAAUGGCAUUGGUUGUAAUCAGUGGACAACCCUGCAGUGGGAAGUCAAUGGCUGCAUUCUGCCUAGCUGAGGCUCUCAAAGAAUCAGGAUGCAACCUAACAGUCAGGGUUAUUGAUGAAACUUCCUUUCAUCUUGACCACAACGAGAGCUAUGCCAACAUGCCUGCAGAGAAGAAUUUAAGAGGAGUGCUGAGAUCGGAAGUUGAUAGAUCGGUGUCGAAAGACAGUAUCAUAAUAGUAGAUUCUUUGAAUAGCAUCAAGGGUUACAGGUAUGAGCUGUGGUGUUUGGCUCGUGCUGCAGGAAUAAGAUACUGUGUUUUAUAUUGUGAUGCUGAUGAAACCCAUUGUAGAAAAUGGAAUGAAGAGCGCAGGGAGAAGGGAGAAGCUGCUUAUAGUGAUAAGAUAUUUGAAGAUUUGAUAAGAAGGUUUGAGACUCCAGAUAGAAGAAAUCGGUGGGAUUCCCCAUUGUUUGAGUUAUGGCCACAUAAAGAGGGAAUAGAAAAUACUUCUGCGGCCAUUGUAGAUGCUAUUUCGUAUUUGACAAAGAAGGCAGACUCAAAGUCACGGGAUGUUAAAACUUUGCAGCCAACUAUCGCAACACAGAAUACAAGGUUUUCUGAGGCAAAUUCUCUGUAUGAGUUGGACAGAGCAACCCAGAAGGUGAUCAAUGCUAUUGUGGAAGCACAAUCCCAGGCACUUGGAGGGCCUUUAAAUGGAGUUUCUGUUGGUCAGGGGUUACCACCUAUCAAUAUUUCCAGAGCAGUAGGGCUUCCAGAGCUUCGUAGGCUGCGGCGAACUUUCAUAAAAUUGACGGCGCAAACGAGUUUAAGUGGGCCGCCUCCGCCUUCUGAUGCAGACAAUGCAAAAAGGAUGUUUGUUGAUUACUUGAACAGGGAACUGGAAACUGCUUGAAGAGGAAAAGAAGGAUGAUUCUGUUGGUGGCUUCCUUCAGUUAUCUAUGUGUUAUAUCAGUCUCUAGGUUUGUGCCAGAGUCUUCAGCUAGCAAAUACGGAUGAAUGUUUUCUAGUUGAACUGACAGGAACUGGUGUUGGGUUUCCCAUAUACCUCAAUAUCUUUUGUUGAACACUAUUACAACUUCUACAAUGUAUUAUUUUGAAACUGCUUUUUUCCUACUCUCAAUAGAAUUCUCAAGUUGUGUUUUAAUUAA